UGCAGGCGCUGCUGCCCGGGGCGCCCGCCGCCGCCGCCGUGCGCGUGCUCUACCUGCAGGGCUGCCACCUCGACGCCGUGCCCGAGCAAGCCUUCCACGCCUGGCACCAGCUCCGGUGGCUGUCUCUUGCUCGAAACUCAAUCCAACGUAUUGAUGAACGUGCUUUCAUUGGAGCAUUAAGACUUGAAUCUCUAACGUUAAGCGAUAAUCCCCUGGGUCCAUAUCCACCAAGACUGGAAGACAUACCCAGCCUCCGUGUUAUGCAGCUGCAGCGGUGUAACAUUUCAGAGAUCCCUGUACCAGACUCAUUUCUGGGUGAUUGCUGUCCCCUGAUGACUGAACUCUGGUUGUCAUACAAUCUAAUCAGUGACAUACCAAAUGGAUCAUUCACAGAGCUUCCAGGGUUACAGUACCUCUAUCUUUCCAACAACAGGCUUAUCAACAUUGAAAGUGGUGCACUCAAUCCAUUGAGCCAGUUGCUUGUUCUUGACCUCUCAAGCAAUCUGCUACAGGAACUCAAUGUUGACUUGUUUGUUCAACAAAGCAGUUUAGAUGUGUUAUAUCUCUCCCACAACAGACUUGAAAGUCUUGAGAUGGGUAUCUUCAGUCCACUUAUGAAUUUACGUGUUCUUCACUUAGAUCAUAAUAAAAUAAAAGAGAUCAAUCCGGGGCUCUUUACUGGAUUGGGUGGUCUAAAGAAGCUCUACCUGGAAAAUAAUGAUGUAGAAGACGUAUCAUUUACAUCUUUUGAAGAACUGACUAAUCUCACUCAUCUGUACCUGGCAAACAAUGCAUUCCCAGUGCUCAGUGUGUGUUCCCUGCGUGGUUUAGUGCAAUUACAGUACCUGAGACUUUUUGGUGGGCUGCUGCAGUCUGACUGCAAUCUUUGGAACCUGCACCGAUGGACAUCAGACCACGGAAUUAACCUCCUGGCACCCUCCGUGACUGACUUGACGCAGACAUGUAACAUUACCGUGUGUCCAAUGCCUGAAGAACUACACGAAACCUUCUUCGACUGGCAGUCCACUGUCGGUCUGACUCUCUUGAUCGGAGUUCCCCUAGCAGUGAUUGCAAUUGCAGCAGCUGCCACAGUAGCUUGUUGCCGCAAAAGGAACUGUAAACGAACGGGACCGGCCCGCUACACCAGUCCUGAUGCAGGUUACGACACGGUUGCAGAAUCUAGCCGUAGUACAACAGAGACGGAUGCCACAAUUACUAGAACUAUUGGGCCGAGGUACGGUCGUGAAUUUUGUGGCAGUGGCAGUGUUUCUUAUCCUGGACCAGCUGCAGGGGUGGCAGUGGCUGCAUACAGCACUUCUGAGGAUGAAGAGGAGGCUCUGCUUACCCACAGGCAGAGGCACCGGCCGCCACAGCACGCCUCCCUGAGGGUCCCCAGGCCUGGCGCAAGGCGAGUGCUGCCGAGGCCUGCCUCAUUGCAGGCGGCACCCCCCAACUACCAUCUGUCUGACACAGAGCCUCAGUCGUCAACUUUGUCAGACUGCUCUGACUCGGGGAACUAUGAAAUGAGUGGAAUUGUCACAGCUGCUCCAGCUCUUCCACUGCAGCUACCACCGAGGCUUCCUCCGCGACCCCCGCCACGAUCAGCUACGACUGUUACUGUAGGUGCUCCAGGAAUGAUCUAUGAAGAUGAUGAGAGGAGAGGCCUCGUUGUGUGACUGCAGCUUUGCUGUAUUACUUGUUUUGCUAACUGCCCCUCUCCUCAGAUUGUUUGAAGCAUGUCCACAAUUUGCUGCUGAAGCCCUUUCAGUGUUCCAUUUCAGCUCUUAUCCCAUAUUGAUUAUCAAAAUUUCCGAGAUAAACUUAUAGUUAUCAGUUAAUGGAGUAUUAAUUUAUUUUAACAAAGUUGCAUUUUUU